UGGUAAACAAGACGGCGGAUUCACACGCUUUCAACGGAGCAAGUUUCAAGCAUACAAGAAAGUACUUUUCAGGCCAGGUAAACAAAACUACUAGAAGAGAGCAAAAGAAUGGGGAAGAAAGGCGGGAAGAAAGGCAACAAGAAAAAGGAAAAAGAAGAAGUAGUUGAGGAAUUAAGUGAGGUAGACAAGGAAUUGUAUCAGCUUCAAAUAACCGAUCUCACAAGGAAAGUUGAGAGGCUUAAAGCAAGGUGUUUGGACCUAGAGCUCAGUAAUGAAGAAUAUCAAAAAUUGUAUGAGGUUCUUGACGAAGACAGGGCAGAUAUAAUUUCGUACUUGAAAAAAAUUCUCCAGGAGAAAGUAGGUGAAAUUCAAGAACUGCAGGAGAGAAUUGAUGGAUUGAAAAAGUCUCGGGAAGCUGAAACAAAAGUGUACAAGAACAAAAUCUCUCAAAUGGAACAUGAUUACAAAAUGAUGCAUGAGCAAUUAACAUCUGAGAUACUGUUAAUAAAUGGAAAGCUUAAUUCAUUGGAAGAAUUUCGAAUUCAACGAGAUGAAUUAAUGAAUAAGUUCAGCCUUCAAGAAAAAGAGAUUGCUGAGCAGGAAAAAAGACACAAACAGACACUCUAUGAAGUGGAAAGGCAAUUCAUCCUUGCAAAGGAUAAAGCUAUGAAGGAAAUGGAGACUAGAUUGCUGCAAUUAUCAAAUGAUUUUGAAGAUGCAACACAAACCAGAAUUGCUGCUACAACUCAGAGAGCAAUAAGAGAAAAUAUUGCUUUAAACAAUGAGCUUGACAAGAUGUUGGAGACUAUCAAAUACUUGAAGAUAGAAAAUGAAAUGCUGAAAGAGAAAAAUAUGGACUUGAAAACAAAAAUGAAACUUUAUGAAGCAGAGAAACAUCAAGCUCUCACUAUGUGUGUUGAGCAACAAACACGGAUUGAAACAUUGACAAGCCAACAACAGAGAAUGGAGCAAGAGAGAGAGAAACUGCAGGCAGAGGCAAAUACUGCGGCCACACUCCAGCAAGAAUUAAACGAGCUUGAGGAAGAGGCUAAUGAGAGAAACAAUCAGCUGAAGGCAACACAGCAGGAAUUACAAAAGGCACUUAGAAAACAAAAUGAGCUAAAUAGUAAAAUAGCGGAGGCUCAAAUGUGGUCUGAUAAGCUUGAAAAUGUGCUGCAGAGUGCAGUUACUGCAAUCAAAGAAGCUCUAAUGGUACAGCAGGACUUCCCAGACGAUUCAUUUCAUGUAAGCAAGAGGGAGGCUCUAUUGAAAUAUCUUUUGGAGCUGAUCAAUAUCAGCGAGGCAGAUCAGAAGAGAAGAGUGGAAAAAAUAGAUAGAGCCACUAGUGCUGUCACAAUCUACGGGACAGGAGAUCUUGGACUAGUACCGGCACCUAUUUCAACUAGAAGUUCACAUGCUUUAAAACCCAAAAAUAAUAUGACACCGACAGCCACAACUGAAAAUACAGGGGAUGACAAUGUAAAAUUGAGACCAAAAACCGCUGGACCCCGCUAUGGUGUUACAAAAGUACAUGGUUUAAAGCCUCAGUUUCAGUCUCAAUACAUGGAAGAAGAUAAAUAAGGAACCUACUAACUGAUGUCACAAUUAACUCAUUCAGAGAUAAGUGGUUCUUUAAUAUAUUAUACUUGCAGUGUAGCGGGUAGUAUGAACAAAAUUUUCUCCCUUGUAGUU